AUGGGCCUCCGCUUCGCCCACCUCGCCGGCGGGGUCGCCCGAGCCGCCUUCUCUCGCCGUGGGCCACACCUCUCCGCAGCGUGCGCCCACCGCGUGCUCGCCCCUCUCGCCUCGCCGGGUGAGCCAAGCGGCGGCAACUGGCUCAUCCCUGCCCGCGGCCACGGUGGCCACUCCCACCACCACGGCGAGGAAAGCGGCGAGGCAUCUGAGAAGAUCUUCCGCUUGGGCCUCGCUGCUGACGUCGUCCUCACCGUAGGGAAAGCCAUCACCGGUUACCUCUCCGGCAGCACGGCCAUCACCGCCGACGCCGCUCACUCCCUCUCUGACAUCGUGCUGAGCGGGGUGGCUCUGCUGUCGUACAAGGCGGCCAAGGUUCCUAGAGACAAGGAUCAUCCGUAUGGUCAUGGAAAGUUCGAGAGUUUAGGAGCUCUUGGAAUUUCAAGUAUGCUGUUGAUUACUGCAGGUGGGAUUGCCUGGCAUUCUUUUGAAGUUCUUCAGGGAGUUAUGUCUUCUGCUCCUGAUAUAAUUGGCAACACAUCACAGAUGAAUCACAACCAUGGUAGUGGUGGGCAUAAUCAUGCAAUAGAUUUGGAACAUCCAGUCCUUGCAUUGAGUAUGACAACCUUAGCAAUAUCUAUCAAAGAAGGGCUCUAUUGGAUUACGAAAAGAGCUGGGGAGAAGGAAGGGAGUGGGCUGAUGAAAGCUAACGCAUGGCACCAUCGUGCGGAUGCUAUUUCAUCUGUUGUUGCCCUAGUAGGGGUAGGUGGCUCCAUUGUUGGAUUACCUUAUCUUGAUCCACUAGCUGGCCUUGUUGUCUCAGGCAUGAUUCUUAAAGCUGGUGUUCAGACAGGAUACGAGAGUACACUAGAGCUUGUUGAUGCAGCUGUUGAUCCAUCGCUUCUAGAACCAAUCAAGGAAACAAUUGUGAAGGUUGAUGGUGUAAAGGGGUGCCAUCGGUUGAGGGGAAGGAAAGCUGGGACCUCCUUGUAUCUUGAUGUGCAUAUCGAGGUAUAUCCUUUCUUGAGUGUCAGUGCAGCACAUGAUAUCGGGGAAACUGUCCGUCAUCAUAUACAGAAGACGCAUAAUCAAGUUGCCGAAGUUUUCAUACACAUAGACCCCUCAUAUUCAAUGGGUGCUAACGUGGACAAGAAAAGGAUUUUGGAGAACUUGGAGAGAAGAAAUUCAGACGUUAUUCCACGUCAACGAAGUGCAGAAGCUAUGGUGUCCGAUAUAAUUUCCUCCCACCUUCCAAAGAAAAUGUGUCUUGAACAUCUGAUGCUGCAUUACUUACAAGGACGGGUGUUGCUUCAGGUCCAAGUUUCAAUGUCUCCAGAAAUUUUGAUUCGGGAUGCGAUGGACAUCGCAAAAAAAGCCGAGGAGGAGAUCAUGAAGGCUGACGCCAGCAUAUGUCAAGUCAGCGUACAGCUGAGAUUGGGGCAACAAAUUGAGCAACUUCAGCUGGCCGCAAGCAAAAGCGGAGCAAACGAUCUACUCCCUCCGUUCGGAUUUAGAUGUCGUGGGGGUUCUAAAAUUUGA